AUGUCUUGCUCCAUGGAGUCCUACAGACCGUACGGGGUGACCUGCCCUCAGCCAAUUGCCGAGAGCUACAACGAGCCCUGCGUGCAGCAGUGUCCCCCCUCCAGAGCUGUGAUCAUCCCCCCACCGGCGGUGGUGACAGUCCCGGGCCCUGUGCUCAGCUCUUUUCCUCAGGAGAGCAUUGUGGGAUCCUCGGGCCCGACCACUCUGGGAGGCUCCUUCAGCUCCCGAAGCAACCUGGGCUAUGGGGGCUCCCUGGGCUAUGGGGGCCCCUUUGGUUUUGGAGGGUCCCAAGGCUUUGGGGGCUCCUUUGGCCUGGGGGGGGUCCAGGGCUACGGGGGCUCUCUGGGCUUGGGGGGCUAUGGCAGCUCCCAGGGCUAUAGGGGCUCCUUUGGCCUGGGGGGCUACGGCGGGUCCCAGGGCUAUGGGAGCUCCUUUGGCCUGGGGGGCUACGGCGGUUCCCAGGGCUAUGGGAGCUGCCUAGGUUAUGGGGAUGACUUGAGCUAUGGGGGCUCCCUGGGCUACGGGGGGCUGUAUGGCUCUAGUGGCUUCGGCAAUUUUGGCAGGUCCUACAGCUCUGGCCCCUCCUCCUGUGGCAUGGGCUAUUGCCUCCCUGGUACCAGGUGGAGAAGGUCCCGCCGUGGUAGCUGUGGGUCUUUCUAAGGCCACCACAGCCAUGCCCAGAGCCAGCGACAGCCCUGAAGCAAGGACCCUGGCAUGGGGACAUGGAGCAAGAGCCCUGGGGACCAGCAGCACCCAUCAUCUGCUGGGGCACGGGGACUGGAGGUUGCUGUGUGCCCGUUGUCCCACUGCCCUGUGCCACAGUGUGCCCUGGCUGCCUCCUCAGCGUCCCCUGCAGCCUCCUGCCACCUCGACUGGCCCUGGGGCCCUGAGCAGGGCACCAGUACCCACGACG